UGAUAGAGCAGUGUCUUUGACCUCGCUGGGGUUGUGGAGAAGUGAGUGCAAAAAAAGUCGAGGAAGUAGUGAAGAUGGAGGGAGAGAAGGACGGGAGAGAAAGAUUUAGAGAAGUAUAUCAAGUUCUGAAGAUGGAGUUGCUGCAAGAUCCUGCCUUUGAGUAUGACCAUGUCUCCCGUCAAUGGCUCCAUCAGAUGCUGGAUUAUAAUGUUCCUGCAGGAAAAAUGAAUAGGGGUCUGUCUGUAAUUGAGAGCUACAGGUUACUAAAUGACGGGAAACAAAUCCCUGAAGAUGCCAUUUUUCGCGCUUUUGUUCUUGGCUGGUGCAUUCAAUGGCUGGUGGGGUGUGUUCUUGUUCUCGAUGAUAUUUUGGAUAGUUCUCACACUAGGCGUGGCCAGCCUUGUUGGUUUAGAUUGCCUAAGGUUGGCAUGAUCGCUGUCAACGAUGGCAUUCUACUUUGGAAUCAUAUUCACAGGAUUCUUAGGAAACACUUUAGAGAUCAACCUUACUAUGCAGAUCUCCUUGAUUUAUUCAAUGAGGUAGAGUUCCAGACAGCUUGUGGAGAAAUGAUUGAUCUGAUAACUACACUCGAAGGGGAGAAAGAUUUGUUGAAAUACACUCCAACCCUUCAUCGACGCAUCAGUCAGUACAAGACUGCAUAUGGAACAUUUUAUCUACCAUUUGCAUGUGCUCUGCUCAUGUUAGGUGAAAAGCUGAAUGACUACGAUGACGUGAAGGACAUCCUUCUUGAGAUGGGCAUCUACUUCCAAGUUCAGGAUGAUUAUUUAGACUGCUUUGGUGAUCCCGAAAAGAGUGGCAAGAUUGGAUCAGACAUUGAAGACUUUAAGUGUUCUUGGUUGGUGGUGAAAGCUUUAGAAGUUUCCAACGAGGAGCAGAAGAAACUGUUAUUGGAUAACUACGGGAAAGCGGAUCCAGCAAAUGUUGGUGCUGUGAAAUCUCUGUAUGAAGACCUCAAUCUUCAGGGUAUCUUUGUUGAAUAUGAGAUUGAUGUAUAUGAGAAGCUAACAAUCAGCAUUGAAGCUCUACCGGGCAAAGCCGUGCAAGCAGUGCUGAAGUCUUACAUGAGUAAAAUAUUCAAGAGGCAGAAAUAGAAAUAGGAAGAUGCUCGUUGUACUUGCAGAUCAACUACGCCAGGAUUUACAGAAUCUUUAUUCAGUCAUCUCGUGUUCGUGACAGGCAGGGGAUGAAGACUCAGACUUACCGGUGACAUACCACCCAUGCUAGGAGCUCCACGGCGUGAUUGAUCAAGUUGCAAACCGGGAAAUAAUCUUCUCAGUCAAGGGGUACAUGUUUUGGUUAUUGUUAUAAUUUGGUCAAAUUUUUUUGUUUGACUUGAUCAACUAAGAUGACAAAUAAAAAAAUAUUCCGUAGUUCAAAUAUUGCUGAUAAGAUAAAGGAAAGGCUGACAAAAAAUUUGAGCUUUUGAACUCACUCAAUACUCAAUACACUUGACUUGUAAACGUUUUAUUACUUAUAAGCAUGAAAGUGAAUGUUCAACCAUAAA